AUGGACUCCGCCUUCAGCAGCUUCCCGGCGGUCGCCGACGAGCUCAUCGGCAGCGGGGCGAUCCCCAUACCGGCCUUCGUCCUCCGACUCGCGUUCCGCGUCAUCCACAGCGAGGUGCGGGAGCGCGCGGGCUUCGACAUGUACGACCUGCAGCCGGUCGAGAGGGCCCCGGGGGCGGUCGCUCCAGCGCUCUUCGCGACCGCGGAGGACGACACGCUGGUGCCGCCCCACCACUCGAGGGCCCUGCACGACGCGUGGGGCGGCGACUGCGAGCUCGUCACCUUCGGGGGCGGGCACGACGGGCAGCGGCCGCACUGGUUCCUGGAGCACGCGGCGGCCUUCCUGGAGGAGCACCUGGCCGAGGGCCCCGCUGUGGGAGGCGCUCGGCCUGAAAAGGCCACCCGGCGGGGCCCCGCGCAGGCAGCGAGAGCGAGGGGCCCCAGCAGCGAGGUGUCCCAGGCAGCACCUCCCGGCGGCGGCGGCGGCGGCGCAGGCGGCGCCACGGCAGGGCUCGCGGCCGAGCUGGCCGCCAUGGGAUUCGAGCCCGACUUGGUGAGCGAGGCCGCCAAGCGGCACUCGAGCGUCCCGGCGGCGGUGGACUGGAUCCUGGAGCUGUCCACGGAGGCGGCGCGGGCGCUCUCGGGGGCGCGCUUCGAGCUGCGGCCCCCCGCCACGCUCCGCGGCGUCGGCGCCGAUCCCGAGGCCGCCGGGCCCUCGCCGAGGCCGGGCGGGCCGGGGGCGCGCCCCGCCGCGGGGGAGGGGGCGGCCGCGGAGCGGCUGGAGCGGGAGUUGCAGGACAUGGGCUACACGCCGGAGCAGGCCAAGCAGGCCGCCAGGCGGUGCUCGUCGCUGCCAGCCGCGGUGGACUGGCUGUCUGCUGGCUCCGACCUCACGGUGUUCCAGAAGUUUCCUGAUGCCAGUGAUUGGUUUGCAGUGGCAGUGGUGUACGAGCCCGCGCUGUCGUGGGACCACGUGAAGAAGAAGGCGUAUUACUAUCUGAAAAGGUUCAACGAGGCCUACCCCGCAAGGGCCAUGCAGUUGGUCCUCUUCGACGACGCCAUGAAGCACCUCAUGAAGAUCAACCGCACGAUCCAGCAGAAGCGCGGAAGCGCGAUGCUCGUGGGUGUGGGCGGCAGCGGCAAGCAGUCGCUGGCCAGGCUGGCGUCAUUCAUCUCAGGCCAUCACAGUUUUCAGAUCACCGUCACCAAGUUCUACAACGACCUGGCGCUGUUCGAGGACCUGCGCUUGCUGUACCAGAAGGGCGGCGUCAAGGGCGAGAGCGUCACGUUCCUCUUCACCGAUGCGGAGGUGAAGAGCGAGUCCUUCCUCGAGUACAUGAACUCGCUGCUCGCCACCGGGGAGGCGCGCGCCAGGAGGGACGAGCGCGACGCGAUGUGCGGGGAGGUGCGCAACGACUUCGUGAAGGACAACCCGCACAUGGAGGAGACCCUGCUCAACAUGUAUCCCUACUUCAUGGGCCGCCUCCGGGACAACCUGCACGUCUGCCUCUGCUUCUCGCCCGUGAGCCAGAAGUUUGCAAUACGGGCGCAGAAGUUCCCUGCAGUGUUCUCCGUGAACAUCAACUGGUUCAUGCCCUGGCCCGAGGACGCCCUGGUGGCGGUCAGCAACUCGUUCCUGUCCUCCUUCAAGGUCGACUGCACGGAAGAAGACAGGAGGCUGCUGUACCAGCUCACGGGCGCGUUCCAGGCGCAGGUCCGCGGCAUGUGCGACACGUACUACUCCAGGAUGCGCAAGCACGUAUACGUCACUCCCAAAAGCUUCCUAUGCCUCAUCGACUUCUACAAGGUGCUCUACGCGUCGAAGUACGACGAGGUCAACCAGCAGGAACGCAGCGUCAACGUCGGGCUGCAGAAGCUCCGGGAAGCCUCCGAGUACGUCGAGAAGCUCAAGGUGACCCUGAAGGAGCAGGAGGUCACCCUGAAGACGGAGGAAGGCAAGACCACCGAGCUACUCCUCAAGGUGCAGGGCGAGAAGGCCAAGGCGGACAAGAAGGCGGAGGUGGUCAACGGGCAGAAGGCCGACUGCAAGGCCGAGGCGGAGAAGAUCGACGCGGAGAAGCAGGCGGCGCAGCAGGGACUCACCGUGAUCCCUGACACCAAGCACCUCUGCAAACGCCCUUUCUGUUUCAAUGCCACGCCCAGGCCCGCCCGCGCUCUCGGAGCGAAGCGGCGGGCGAUGGCUGCCAAGAAGAGGAAGGCGCUCCGGGGCUCCGCGGAGGAUCGGGAUUCCGAAAGAUGCCGCGCCGUGUGCCUUGCUGCUGCCCACGCGGAGUGCCCGGACGGCUUCGGCCGGUUUCUGUUGGGGCGGUCUGGCGACGAGCAGGGCUGUCGGGCCCGCCCGCCCCCCUUCCCCCCGGGUACUGGUGCGCACGGGCAGACGUAG